AUGGAGAAAAUGCAUAAAGCAAUUUUGUUCAAAGAUGAAACUGAAAAGGCUAUUGUCCAUUUUAUUGUAUAUCUUAUAGGCAUAUUACUGAUAUUAUGUAUUUAUUAUAAUUAUAUAAUUUUAAAAUAUUACUUUUAUUCCUUAUUUUGGGCAUUUAUUGUUUCUAUUCCAUUACACCAUAUUAAAGUGAAAUUGUCAGAAUUCUUUAAAGAACAAAUUAUAAAAAAAAAAAAUAAAACAAAGACAUUGAGCUCAAGGAAUACAUAUUAUUGGGAAUCCACUCUAAAUGAUAAUGAUAAAAAAUUUAAAAAAAUAAAUAUAAACUUAAGCAAUGCGAAGAAUACUACUAAUUGGGGUGAUAUAUUUUUUUCAAAGGAAAAUGAUAAACAACAUAUAGACACAUUAUAUGAUAGUGAUAGUUAUGAAAUUAAAGAAAUAAACAAAUAUGACAAUUUAAGUGAUAAAAAUACAUUAAACAAUGGCAUAAAAAAAGAUUCAAUUUCUCAAUAUGAAGAACAAGGGAAAAAAAACAAAUUAAUUAGUAGAAUAAAACAUUUUUUUUAUAAUAUCACAAAUAAUAUAAGAAAAGAGUUAGAUAUAUAUCAUUAUGUAUUUUUUUUGAUUAUUAAACCUAUAUGGAAAGAAAAAAAAAAUGAUAAUAUUAAUAGUAGUUUUGAAAAUUAUGAAAAUAGGAAUGGUAGUGAAAUAUAUUUUUUAAUUUUACACAGACUUACAUUUUUUUAUAUUUUAAAAAGAAUACUUCAGAAAUAUAAAGAAUUUUUAUUUUCAAUUGCCUUUUUUAUUAUCAUCUUUUUUAUUAUUUAUAAAAUUAUAAAAAACAUAUGGCUUAAGUAUUUUUAUAAUAUAUAUAAAAGACAGUAUGAUAAAUUCGCUAAUAAAUUAUCUCUGAAUUACACAUAUAUAUACAAACAUUAUAUGAAUAGUAUAUUGACAAUAUUGAUCAUAAUAUUUUCAAUAUUCAUGUUUUCUUCGAUAUCAUGCUUUUUUGUUUUCAAUUUAUAUCGAGAAUCUGUGUUUAUAAUCAAUUCAAUUAAUAAUUAUAUAUCUUCAAAUUUUAAGAGUUCAUCCAUAAUUCAAACCUUUAGAGAAUUUUAUAAAAAACGUGGAAAAAAUGAUAUCGAAAGUUUGUACGAACUAGCCAAUAUCACCAAAUUACCAUUUUUAAAUAACAGCACAAUAUCUGUUAUAUCUUCACAUUUAAAAAGAGCUAUAGAGAUAUAUGAAAAUGUUUAUUCUUAUAAUUUUAUCAAACAUAAGGGGAUAACAUUAAAGAGCUCUUGUUUGCUACUUAUUCUCGAAAGGUUUAUUAACAUCAGGGAAAACAAUCUUUUAAGUUUUAAGAAAUAUGUAAUUUUUUUAAAAGAAAAUAUUAAAAAAAAAAUAUAUGAACGUGACAGUACAUAUUUGUAUUUAAAAAAAUGUUUAAUUAAUGAACAAAAAAAUAAUAACUUUUUUUAUAAAUUCAAAAAAUUGAUUCAAGGUUUAUCUAAAAUACUAUUUUUUUCAAAUAAUAAUAAAAUCUCACAUAAUGAAAUAGAACAUCAAUCAAAAAAUGCCCAAUUGGGUGAUGAAAAUUAUAGUGGGCAUAGUAUUUUUAAGACUGUUUUUGAAAGUGUAAUGGUUGAAGAAAAUAUAAACGUUCAGAAAAAAUUAGAAAGGGAAAUAAACAUUUCAGAAGAAAAAACAUUUUUAGAGCAAUCAAAUGAACUGAAUAAAGACGCAAAAAUAAAAGAAGAAAAUACAACAAAUGAAAUAUUAGAAAAAGAAAGUAAAGAAAUUCCUGUGGAAAUUGAUACAAAAAAAAGUAGCAUAUAUUUAGAAGAAAGUGUAGAUAAAACUACACACACAAAUAAGCGUGAUAAAAUAAAUAUGGAUAAGGAUGAAAAUGAUUUAAAUAAUAAUAGGAGUAUUCAAACUGUAACAAAAAAAUAUGAUUAUGAGUCAAACAAGGAAAACAACUUUAAGUUUAAAGAUUUUAUAAAUUAUAUAAAUAAUAUAUUUUUUUCGUUAAAAAAAAUAGAAGAUAUUGGAAAAUUAACAAAAUAUAUUAUAUUUAAUAAUAGCUAUGGUUUAUUAAAAAUUAUGAUAUUUUUUGUACUGAUUUUUUUAAAUUUUUUUAUGUUUACUUUUGAUGCAAUUAUCCAAGCAAUGAUAUUUUUUACAGCUUUAUAUUAUUUAAUAUUAUCAAAAAAAUCAGUAUUAAAUUAUUUAAAAGAUUUAUUAUUAGUAGUUGACCCAUCAAGUAUUUUUUUUUAUAAUAUAACAAAAAGUUUAAAAGCUAUAAUUAUAUGUACAUUAAAAAGAAUAUAUUUUUAUACAAUGUAUAUAUGGUUAAUAUUUUCAUUUUUCCAGUUUCCAAUUAUUUAUGUUCCGACUUUAAUGUGUAUGAUUUUAUCCCUUAUCCCAAUUAUAUCGCCAGAAAUACUUAUAUUAAUAAUAGUUUUACAUUUAUGGAUUAUACAAAAGCAAAAAAUUAUAUCUAUUAUAUUAUUUAUUGUCAAUUUUUUUAUUUAUUUAUAUUUCACUACUACUAUAUAUACUGAAAUACCAUACAUACAUGCAUGGCUUGUUUCAUUAUCUCUAUUUCUUUCAAUUACAACUUUUGGAUCAAAGGGUGUUAUAUUAGGGCCAUUCAUUGCGUCUAUUCCUCUUAUUUUACAUCAAAUUGCAAUAAACCAAAAUAAUGCAGCAAAUAUUCGAAAUAUUCGAAGCAAAGAAAUGAAAAAACAAAAAUUGAAACAAAAACAAAUACGAAAGCUCAAAGAAAAAUAUAAACAAAAAAAAAACCAACAAAGCACUGUUAAUAACAAAAUGGAUAAAAGAGGAAACUAUUACGAAACUAAAAAAAAUUAUAAAAUUCCUUCAGAAAUAUUUAAAAUUUCAAACAAAUUUUCUCAAAAUUAUCGACGUCAAUAUAAAAGUAAUGUGCCUAUCAAAGCGCGAAUAGAUAAAGGAUUAAGCAUUGAUAAUUCUUUAUUAUUUAGAAAUGGAAGUAAAAAUAACCAUUUUAUGAAAUUUAACUAUGGUAAUAAAGUUUUCCAUAGAGAAGCAUUAGAAGAAUACAAAGAUAGUAUUGUAUCUUUAUUUGUAGAUAAUAAAAAAAAAAGACCGAAAAAAGCAUUUUUGUGGAAAAAUAAAUUACAUAAAUUGUAUAAAAUUAUUGAAAUAAAUAAUAAUGCAUAUAAUAAUUUUUUACAAGGAAAUACAGAACAAAAUCUAUGCAAAAAAAUAAACUCAAAUUCUAUACAUAAAAAAAAAAGUGUUAUACACAAAAGUUAUGAACAUUGUUCAUACGAAAAUAUAGUCAACAAUGAUGAUGAAAAUAAUAAGUUAGCUCUUUACAUUUACAAACGUGAUAAACAAAAAAAAAAAACAAAAAAUAAUAAGAAUAAUAAAAAAGAGACAAAAAAUAAUCUUCAUUUAGUAUCAAAAAAAAUUAAUAAACAUAAAAUAAUCACGAAAAAUUCUUUGCAAAAAACAAAAGAUUUAGUAAAUAUUUAUAGCAAGUUUCAAAAUAAUUUACAGCAUUUUUUUUCUUACAUAACAAAUGAUACAUGA